UCAGAGGCACAGAAGAAUCCACACAGGAGAAAAGCCUCACUAUGAAGUAGCGGUGUUGAAGCACCACAAGCUGGUUGAUCCUGAUAGAAAUCUGAAGAGGAAACUCUGUGAGAAACAUCAGAAAAGUCUAGAAUUGUUUUGUAAAACUGAUGAGAUGUGUAUCUGCAUGAUGUGUGGAGUGACUGAACGUGAUGGUCAUGAAAAGGUUGAGCAGAAGACGGAAGGAGAAGAACAAAAGAAACAGUUGGGGGCGACACUGAGUGAAAUUAGGAGGAGACUUGAAGAGAAAGAGAAGAAUCUGAAGGAGACGACGAGGACAGUGGAGGAGAUGAAGCUUUCUGUGGAAAGAGUAAUGAGGGAACAUGAGAAGAGCUUCACUGAUCUGAUUCACUGCAUCGAGGAAGCCCACAAGAAAUUGAAAGAGAGGAUCAGAGAACAAGAAAAGGGAGAAAUGGAGAAGGCUGAAGGAGUCAUGGAGCAACUGGAGAAGGAGAUUGAGGAGCUGAAGAGGAGAGAAGCUGAGCUGAAGGACCUUUCAGAGACCAAGGACCGUCUCCACUUCCUACAGACUUUCUCACCUCUCUGUGUCCUUCCUGCUGAUGGAGACUCGCUCGGCUUUACUGUCACGGCUGAGUUUUCUUCUGAGGACCUGCUAAAGGAGCUGUCAGGUCUUAAAAAGAGUCUGGAGAAGAUCAGCCAGCAGGACAUCCUGUCAAGGACUCCACCAGGUACUGUGACUGUUCAUGUUUUGUUAAAGUCCAUUAGGUGGACCAGAAUGAAAACAGAAGGGACACUGAGUUGCAUGAAGAAGGCCUGUUCUUUUACAUUUAUGUCUAAGUCUUUACUGUUAAGAAUUUUUUCUAAUGUCUCUUACUGUAACUAG